AUGGCUGAAUCCGAUGAGAAUCCGACUGACUUGCUGUUGGACGUAUUACGGACAUUCCGGGAGAUUGUCGACUCUGUGCAGGACGACGAACCAAAUCUUGACCUCCGCAAAUUCUACAGCCACCUCCAUGUUCACAGCCUUGUCUUGACAGAGGAUAUCUUUCCGGUCCUGCAGGCCGAAUCUGGCGAGGAUAUUAGAUUUCUCGUUCUUUUGAUACUUGACAAAUUCGCAUCGUUCUUACAAUGCUCUGUUGUGCCAGACUAUGAGAUGACCUUACCGGCUUCAGAUGAGUUUCCAGGUCUAAAUACACUGGUAUAUUACUGGAGAUUGUCUGGUCUGAAUGCCGUUGAAAGGCUUGCGCAUGUACUAAAGUGCUUGGAUUUCAAUCUGAAAGAACGGCGGGAUGAAACAAUACUCUUACUUCGGCGCUCUGUCAAUAGGCUUCAGUCCCAAGUUUCCGAACCUUCGACAUACCAAGAGGAAUAUCGCGCGCCACGGAAAAAGAGGAAAGCGACAUCUUCUGUGCACCGUGCUGCAAAUACAGUAUUUCAAGUGCUGUCUGCUUCUUCAAGAGCGUGUCAAACCAGUCACAAACAUGAAUACACGGCUAGACUGCGAUUAAAAACAUAUCGCAAGAGGAUUGAAGGUCAAUAUGCUUUCGAUGCCUUUGUGAACUUUAGUCUAGCCCAUCAAUUUUGGCAAGAGACGCAAAUCCAGGCCAUUCUGGACAAGCAGCAUGAACCUCGACAUAAUCCUCGUAGUGUGAAAUUUGCCGAACGAGACAAUAGGAAAGGCCGCCCUCGAAUGCGUCUGGAGAGAUUGUGCGAGCAGAUCGAAAAGACAAAGUCAAAACCAUGGAUGCGCCUCAAUCUAGCUGUAGAGGAUGGAAAACUAUGGAAAGAUGUAUCCUCGAAAAGUGAAUUCCCCAUCAGUCGAUCGGACCCUCCACUGUCUCUAAAAGACAUCAUCACUUCUCGCCCGGCCAGUUUGACGGAAAAAGUAAAACGCAUCCUCGCAGUCUUACUUGCUUCUUCCGUUCUUCACCUUCAUGGAACACCCUGGAUGAGACAUAUCCACUUCAAUGCUGCCAAUAUCAUGUUUUUUCGUACUUCUACUGCCGUCCCGCUGAAGCCAUACAUCCAUGCGGAGCUGAUCGACUCUGAUCCAAAUGCAGCUGAUAUCUCGGAAGCAAACGAUGAUAUUGACCCGGAUGAUCUACCGAUUCAUCCUUUUCCCGAUAUUGUCAUGUUGGCAAUCAUGUUGAUGGAGCUAUACAUGGUACAGCCGAUCGAAUCACUGGGUGAACAAGCGGAUAUUGAAUUAAAUGAUUGGAAUGAUAUUGAUGACAAUAUGAAAUAUUCGAUUGCUGUGGCAGUUUUUGAAAAAUUCAAGGGGGAUUUCACAGAGAAUUUCCGAGAAGCAGUUGACCGGUGCUUAGAUCAGAAUAUGGGAUUCGACCAGAACGAUGAGGAGCUGGAUGAAGAAGGCCUGAAACGAUUGAUAUAUGAAGAGAUCGUGGGGCCACUUGAAAAUGAGCUGGAUCAAGGCUUUGGUAGCAUCAUACCAAUUGACAAUUUGGAUGAAGUUGCUCAGACCUUGGAUCUCAACAACUGUGGACAGAAGAAAUUAGGCCAAGGAGGCGAUAACAUGCCCAUUGAGACGCCCUUUAAGCACAUUAGCAUUUCCCACAGUCUCCGUCCGAAACGUUUGAAAAGUUCAUAUAGCUCAUCAUCAGACUAUUUCAUGUUCAAAACUGCCUUGGAUAAUUUGGAACUCAGCCAAGAUCCUGACUAUAGUCCUCUAUCGGUCCAUGAGAAGCUUUAUCGAAGCCAAAGUGAACCAAAUCCAUUGAACUUUGUGCCUUCACUGAGCCAUGAAAGCUACACGGUCGGAUGGAUUUGUGCUCUUCCGGAGGAAAUGGCAGUGGCACAAGCAAUGCUCGACGAAAUACAUACGCCUCUAUCCCAGAAUUUCUCUGAUAAGAACAAUUAUACAUUAGGGCGCAUGGGCACGCACAACGUGGUGAUUGCAUGCCUUCCAGCCAAGGUCAUAGGCACUGUUGCUGCAGCACGGGUUUCAAACCAUAUGCUUUAUACUUUCAAACACUUGAAGUUUGGUUUGCUUGUUGGUAUUGGUGGCGGGGUGCCUGGCGCCAAAGACAUCCGAUUAGGAGAUGUUGUGGUCGGAGAACCAUGUGAAUCCAGCGGGGGUAUUAUACAGUACGACUUCGGCAAGACAAUAGAGGGCGGCACAUUCUCUCACAAGGGAUCGUUAAACCGGCCACCUGAUGUGCUUCUAACAGCCGUUUCCCGUCUUAAAGCAGACCACUAUCGGGGGGGACCUAAGUUUGAGAGCUAUAUAAAAGAAAUGGUGAUGAAGAAUCCACGAUUAAUCCCCAAAUUCUCGCACCCUGGUAUAGAGCAUGACUUUCUUUAUGAGUCCGACUACGAACAUUGUCCUCGCAGCGAAGAAGGAUCCUGUGGACAAUGCGACUCAACGAAGCUAGUGAAGCGGAGUCCACGAGAGCAGCAUCUUCCGCAUGUUCACUACGGUCUCAUCGCAUCAGGAAACCAGGUGAUAAGGCAUGGAAAGACCCGUGAUCGCCUGGGAAAGGAGUUGGGCGUCCUCUGUAUCGAAAUGGAGGCAGCUGGAAUGGUAGACGCCUUUCCCUGUCUGGUGAUCCGAGGCAUCUGUGAUUAUUCCGAUUCGCAUAAGAACAAGAGAUGGCAGGGAUAUGCCGCGUCGACAGCCGCAGCCUAUGCGAAGGAGCUUCUGAGUGUGAUCUCUACAUAG